AUGAACUCCAGAGACAUGGUUGUAGGAAUCUUCUUCCUGUCCCAGACUGCACUUGGAAUGCUGGGGAACUCAGCCUUGCUUUGUUGUUUUAUCAUUGCCGUCUUCUCUGGAAUCAGAGCAAAGCCCACAGACCUGAUUGUCAAACACCUAACCUGGGCCAACUUCAUUGUUCUCUGCAGAGGAAUCCCACAGACCAUUGCUGCUUUUCAUCAGACUUACUAUCUAGAUUAUGUUUCCUGUAAACUUGCCUUAUAUUUUCAUAGAGUUGCCAGAGGAAUGUCCCUAGGCUCCACAUCCCUGCUGAGUGUCUUUCAGGCCAUCACCAUCAGCCCUAGUAAUUCCAGGUGUGCACAGUUCAAGCUCAGAGCCCCCGGGAUUAUUGGUCCAUUCCUGGGCCUGUGCUGGGCCCUCCAGCUGUUGUUAUAUAUUUUCAUUCCUGUAUAUACAACUGACAUAAGGGGUGGAAGAAAUAUUACUGGGAUACAAGAUUUUGGAUAUUGUGUUAUUAUAAAUUCUGAGAGACUAAUCAGCACACUUAUUGUAAUCCUAAUAGCAUCCAACGAUAUCAUCUUUUUGGGACUGAUGAUGUUGGCCAGUGGCUACAUGGUGUUUAUCCUGCUCAAACACAAGCAGAGGGUCCAACACAUCCACAGAUCCCUGUCUCCUAGGUUAUCCCCUGAGACCAGAGCCACCCAAAGCAUCCUCACCUUAGUGAGCAGCUUUGUUCUCUUCUAUGUAACCUCUAUGGUCUUUACAUCUUAUCUGUCUGCCCUUGAAGGAACCACUAGGUGGCUGUCUAACAUUGGUGUGGCCAUGUCUGCAUGCUUUCCAGCAUUCUGCCCCUUUCUGCUCCUCAGACACUACGCUUCCUUCUUCAGGCUCUGCUGCACUAGUUUUUACCAGACAACACGCCGCGCUUGUGUAGUCAGAGAACUCUAA